ACCACCUGUUCAAAGGUCGAAAAGCUGUAUCACCCACAAUCCACUCUCCAACGCCCAGUGCUGUAUCUCCCAUCAGAGUUUAAGGUCCAAGUCUAUGAAGAGACAUUGUAGAAUCAUUGUAUUAGUGCAGGAGACGGUCAAGUCUGGAAGAUCAGUGUGGAUAUAUCUGAUUCACAACAAAAAAAGUAAAGAAUAUGCCUUCAUUGAAGAAGACCCUCCACUUCUGCUCCAGUGCUUUGUUCUGUGCUGGUGGCGUGGCUCUCCUGGGAUAUGGAAUGUCAGUGGACUGGUCCAGCACAAGUGUCGACUGCAAAUCUUCUAACAGCACUGGUUCAGGAAUGGUAAAGAUAGGGCUUUUUGAGGGUGUUAUUGUACUAAAAACUUGCCCCUUUUUUGACGGUGGUCAACCUGAGGUUAAAGUGAUGGAAAAGCUGGAGGGGCCACCACUCAUUCUCCAGUACAUAGUUAUAGCUCUCCUUGUUCUCUCUCUGAUUGGCUCUGCUGCCAGCAUACUCAUCACCCUCUACAACAGCUUCAGCAACCCCUAUGAGACCUACAUGGGGCCUGUGGGGCUGUAUGCCUGUAGUGGUAUCAGUGUGGGGACAUCUUUCCUGGCCUUAAUCAUGUAUGUGUCAAAUGUCCACCUGAGUAAUUUCAGUGUGGAAUGGAUCAGUCAGUCAAAUGUUGUGGAUUUGACAAAUGUCAAAGUAGACAUGCAGUUGGGCUUCUUUCUGGUCCUACCAUACAUAGCAGUGAACCUGCUGGCCAUCCUGCUGGUGUUCCUGUAUGUCCACGGAGCCUACACUCGACAGAAAGAGCAACAGAAGCCCACAGAGGAUGUCCCCAAGGAGAUCAUGAUGUACUGAAAUGCUCUGGAAUAUCAUGGAUCAUCCACGCUGGCCCUUUUCACAUUAAGCAUUUCUAGAACUUUCUACAGCUGCCUAUGCCCACAUCAACCCUGACCCCAUAUGACACAAAGUUGGAUUUGAAAAUACCCUGGAUGAGGCUUGUCUAUUUUGUAAAUGUUUUGUAAAAUGUUCUUCACUGGCAAGAAUUUGAUUCUGGUUAUUUGGUCAGGUUUAGAAAACAUGAAGUCUGAUCUCAUCCUACAAACAAAUCUCUUGAAUUUAAGGACUAUAAAGGAUAUCAGCUUUUAUAUCUAUGCUGAAUGAUGACAUAAGCGACGUGUUAAUGUGUUAAUAAAUUGAAAGCUUUAUACAGUUAAUAUAGCGGUAUGAAUAGCAAGAAAAAGUUGAAUAAAUAUGUCAAUAACUAUGAUGAAACUAUGAACUAUGUUAUCAUUUUCUCAGUUUGGCAGAAAAUGAUUGCCUGGUACCUAUUCUUGACUGUUUGUAUUAUUGAAAUAAAUAUUGUAUGUAAAUGGCUUUUAGUAUGUGAAGAACCUAUUUGGGUGUUACCAAACCUAGAUAAGGUAGGCCAUCUUAUGCCUUGUCUUAUGAUUUACAAUGCUGUGUGUUUUAUAUUACUCUUCUUAAGUUUUAUUAGUACGAUUGCAGAAGAAUGACGCAAUCACACUAUUGUUCUUUUUAAAGGGGACCUUCGGAAUUUUUCCUGGGCCUUAUUUUUAAGUUUUCCUUCAAGUCUUCUCUUUAUUAUUCGACCCAUUUUGGGGGAGCCUGCUUCUGCUCCUAGUGAUUUUGAGAUAACAACACUGCUCCAACUCUGUAACAUCCAUCCUGAUCCAUGCAGUGCUCCAAUCCCUCAGGAGUUAUUUUGUUUUUCUUCUCUUUUCACAUUGAAAUGAUUGGGGAAAUACAUUGGAGAACUUCAUAAACUUUUGCAUUUCAGACAACCAUGAUUCAAAAAAAAAAAAAUACAAUAUGGCUGCCAGCUGCCCUGUGUUGGUUGUGUAAUGUUAAGGAAGUGCCAUUAAACAGAGCAAUCCAAACAUA